AUGGGCGCUACGUGCUGCCGCUGUCAGCACUUGGACGACCCGCUGCUGUCGCUGCCCCGUGCCUCCGCCUCCGCCAUGAGUGCCAACUACAACCAGUUCUACGUGCCUGCACCUCUCGCCGCGUCGAGCUCGAAUUCUUCUUCCUCGUCCUCUUCUCUUGCCAAUUACGUGGCCUUCCCCUUCCCAUUUGUCUCGAAGCCCAAGAGCGGCGCUCGCAACAAACGCAAUAAAAGCAGGAGCAAGAGCCACGGCAAGAAACCACACAGCUCCCACAACGGAUCGCACUCACGAGUUACAGUGCCCUACGUCGGCGAGCACUGGCGUAAGACUUUAAGGGGUAGAUAUGCCCCACUUUCUCUACUGGAGCUCAGUGUACGCAAUAUCUGCGCCCAAUUAUUGGUACAUCACGAGGACGCAUUACAAGCCGGCGCUCUACCGCCUGAAUUGGCUUCCAGUGUGCUACAGCGGCUCAAACGACACUAUGUGCUGGACAAGCCGCAAUUCCAGGCUCUAACGCCAUUCUUACUGCUAGAGUGGAACUUGGCAGACCAACAGGACGUAGAGGACUCGUGGUUCGAUGAUAUCCCGGAGGCAACGCUAGAGAGUGUGAAGAGUAUUGACGUAUCCGGGUGUAUCCAUCUACAGCAAUUUGGAUCCGAGUGGGGACGACAUGUCAACAGACUGCCAGAGCUGCUGGUGGCGUCGUUUCAAGGAUGCACAGGACUGUCGAAGGAGUCAAUUGAGACGCUCAAGUUCUCGACGAAGUUGACGACACUCAACUUGUCUGGCUGUGUUAAUGUGGAUGACAAGUGCAUUAAGACACUGAGAGAGCUGGAACACCUGAAAUCGCUGCAAUUGGUUGGAUGCCAUAAGCUGACGGAUAAAGGAGUCAAGCGGUUAUUUAAGCUAACAGAACUGGAAAAACUGCGUCUAGGACGCUGUAGAAAGGUGACGGAUGAGGCUUUUGAUGGGUUUGCAGCCUCCUUCCCGAAGCUGCGGGAACUUGACGUAGCAAACUGUCGGCUGAGUGAGAGAGCUAUGCAGCACAUUGGUCAGAUCAAGAGUUUGGAAGCCCUGGUGAUUCGUGGUUGUCAAGACAUCUCUGACGACGGCAUGGCGUCACUUUCUGAACUGACCAACCUCAAGUAUUUCGAUGCACGACACUGCGGCAAGAUCCAUUCCAUUCCAACGGAGUGGACGCAGCUCGAGGUUCUCCUGCUCGGAUACACUGCUUUUGCUGAGUCAGAUACAGCUGUCUUACAGUCCUUGACCAAGUUGCAAGAAUUGGAGCUUCGCAAGUGCCGGAUUAUGAAGAGAGGAUUUCAAUUUAUUAGCCGCCUCAAACACCUCGAACGUCUCGAGGUGGCAGAGACCACCCUGACUGACUCUGCACUGCUGGAAAUUUGCAACGGUGUCAGAAACCUGAAGGCGCUCAACAUUUCGAAUACAGAGAUCAGCGAUAACGGAACGUCAGGCCUAGCAAAGCUCCAGGAGCUGCGUAUUCUUCGGUUGGAUACAUCAGGCAUCACCAAUAGAGCGCUGGCGAACAUAUCGUUUCUUCCGCAACUCGAGAGACUGGACUUGUUUGGCGCAAACAUCACCGAUAAUGGGCUCAUCCACCUGAUUCCGCUGCACAAUCUCCAAGAGCUGACGAUAUGUGGAGGCAACAUCGGCGACCGUGGUGUGGGGCUCAUUUCGAAAUUGACGUCGUUGACGUCUCUAAACCUGAGUCAAAAUAGAAAUAUCAGGACCAAGUCGCUGUUUUAUCUCCGGUCGCUAACAGGCCUGCGAUGCCUGAAUUUGUCCAACACAGGGAUCUCUGCACUCUCGCUUCGUCAUCUGUCUCCUUUGAAGGAGUUGCAGUCCUUGUCCGUCUACGGGUGCUCGUUGUCACAAGGACAUAUUGACGUCUUGAGAGAAAUCUUGCCCGAAUUGAAGUGUUUGCGAUGCACAUGA